UAUUAUCGGGACUGACUGUACGACAGACACUGUUAUACGCGUCGAGACUCAAGAACUCGCGGAUAACGAGUCAAUUAAAUCACAUGAAAAUUGUUUGUGAUUUGAUGUCAGAACUGGUGAUCAGCGAUACGGCAGACAAUAGGGUCGAGACGUGUAGUGGAGGCGAACAAAAACGUAUAGUAAUUGCCUGUGAAUUGACGUCUCAUAUAAAGCCUAAUAUGUUAUGUAUUGACGAACCGACGAGUGGUUUGGAUAGCAAUGCCGCCGAAGUGCCAAACAAUGAUUUGUUGCAUAUGUUUGACAACAUCUAUGUGUUGGCCAAAGGAGGGGUUUGUCUGUAUUCAGGAGUCGCUCACCAUUUGCGACAACAUCUCAAAGACAACGGCAUUGAAUGCAAUGAAAAACAAGUGCCGAUUGAAGUGCUAUUAAAACUCUCCUCAAAAGAGAUAUCAAAUAAAAACGAUAACAAUAUUGAAGAGAAAUCUGGUAUUUAUAACAAUGGCGUAAAUUGCGAUCAAAUACUAGUGUCAAACAUGCGGCCAGUAUUUGGUUCGUUGAGUAUAUCAAAGAGAUUUAGUUUUGUGGACUUGUAUUACCUGUUGUCCCGUUCCCUAACCCAUACAUUCCGGUGCCAAUGGGUGUCACUAUUACUGCAAUUUAUAUGCUUUCAAAUGUUGGGUAUUGUAAUGCUAUACGGUUUCAGUGCCGAUAUAAUACUGCCCGACGGGUGCGUUGAGCUCGAGUUCGGGGCCGAGUGUUACCAAACGGAGGCCGAGAUUAGGGACGAGAUAUUAAUCAAACAAAACAUCAAAUAUAACUGUUGUUUACUCCUUGCGGUGCCGUUUGUGGUGUUGAUCGUAAUGUCGGUCACUUUUGGUAGCAAUUUUCGUGUAUUCCGGAGUCAACAGCAAAAUGGUUGGUACAGCACAGGCACAUACCUUUGGUGCCGUACGAUCGUAGACCUGAUCCCAAUCUUUAUAGCUUUACCCGUGUUUUUGUGGAUUACCAACCGAUACAAUACAAUCACUUUCUAUGUGUUUACGUUUGCCGUUAUUUUACUGGUCAUUAUAUGUACGCAAAGUGCGGCUCAAUUGGCGUCCCUGUUGUUUAUGAAUGACACUAAAGUAGCACUAAUUGUCGCUAUACUGAUACAUGCUACAAUAUUUUUUAUGAGCAAUAGUCUGAUCCCGGUGAAAGAGCUACAUUAUAUUAUGCAAGAAUUAAGUCACCUGUCCUACAUUCGCCACGCGUACGAAUGCAUAAUUAUCAUGUUGUAUGGCUUUGACAGGUGUCAGGGUAAAGUCAGCUUGAUAUAUACAACUACAGUAAUGGCGUCAGAAAUGGCAAUCGCGUGGACAGACCUGAGGGUUAGUGUCGGGUCGGGAGUGUUGGGCGGGAAAGAGAAACGAAUAUUGUGUGGCAUUUGCGGUGCGUUUACGUCGGGAUCGUUGAACGCAUUGAUGGGUUCUUCGGGUUCCGGGAAAUCAACGCUUUUAAAGUGUUUGAAUGCAAACAAUGAAUACGUAUUGAGUGACGGGUCGGCAGUAUAUGUGAAAAGUGGUCAACAAAUGAGUAAAUGUUUUAUAUAUCAGGACCAAAACGAGCGCAUAAUGACGGGUCUGACUGUAGUCCAGGCGCUCACAUAUUCAUCAAAAUUAAAAAAUAGUAACAAUUGCAGUGUUGAAAUGAUUGACCACAAGAAUAAUGUGUCGGUUCUGAUGGAGGAGUUGCUAAUCAGUGAUAUCGCAGAUAAUGUGAUAGAGAAGUGCAGUUCCGGACAAAUCAAACGCAUUUGCAUUGCAUUGGAGUUGACAUCAGUUGUUAAGCCAUAA